AGGGAAGAGUCUGGGCUCUAGCUUGAUUUCUAUUUUGUAAGCACAUUUGCAACAAGAGGCCAUGCAGGUCUCUAUGACGAUCAAAGCUUAUGGAGAAGAGACGACCAUUAGCCUGAUCAGUGAGGAUUUGCUCCAGCACCCAGGUUUGCUACGAGAUUUGCAGGCAGUACUGAAGAAGUAUGUCCCUCAACAGAGCCCUGACGACAGCCAGUUGCCAAGCACCUCAAGUUCUGAAGACUUGCUUGAAAAUUGCGACGUGUUGAAGAUCAUGGCACAGAAAGCAGAGGAUUUGUCUCCUGCCUCAAGAUACCGUGGUCAGCUCAAGCCACAAGCACCGCAUGGACGGAAGAUGAAAGCCAGGCCUCCUUUGAGACGCACCAAAAGGCUCACGGCCAAGUCUUUCGAGGAGGCGAUUGGAGAUACGUGCAAGUACAAGAUGCCUGUGAAGCGGACAUCUCGCAUCAACUCGUUGGAGGAAGAUUUCGACUUCUCCGACCUCAAGAACUGCAUCUCGAGCGAGCAAUGCUCGGGACCAGACGCUUUCAAAGAGGGCUCCGAAAACGAGAUUGUCCGACAACAGCUGCCAGUGAUUAUGCGGCCAAGCAAUUGAUGAUGGUCGCUGCUGUUUCUAUGCAUUCAUCCUAUUUAAAGAGAGAUGAGGAUCGCAUACAGUCGGUUCCAGUGAUAGGGUUUUCUCCCAAUCACACUGUUGGACAGCCUAAUCACACCGUUGCAGAGCCUCCGCACUAACCCAACGCAAACGCUCUUGGACCGCAUGUGCACGACAAGGCCACGAGAUGUCAGCCAACUUGGGUUCUUUGGAUUUGAUGUUGACUGUUUGUGUCGAAGUACUGCUUUUGGCGAUUGGCUACCAGGCCCAUACAAGUAGUGAGUGGGAGGCAAAGGUAUAUAAGGG